AUGUCUCGAAAACGACUUUUCGGUCUUUCUAUCGCCUGGUUGUGGUACUGGUUAAUGCUCAUAUUCAUGGGUCUUUGUAUUGGACAUUCCACCUCCUGGAUUAUCUGUGUAUUAUUGGGUUUUGGUGCGCGUAUCAUCAUGGAUAUAUAUUCGUCUACUUCUGUACACAAUUAUGGAUUUGACAUUAGAUUAGGGAACCCACAACCUGCUCAAAUGGAUUAUCAGAACGGUUUGAUUCGAGAAACUGACUGUAGCGUUUCACCUAGUGACGAGGUUGAUUUAUUCAGCAACGAAAUCUUUUCUACGACAAUUACUGUAUACACUGAUCUCUGCCGAGAAAGCGUAGCUGUUGAAGAUAUGGAAUUCUAUACAAUGGAUAUUCUACUGGUUCGAGACGUGACAACGGUAUUGAACCAAACAAACAACACGAUUGAAGAAGAAGAUGAAGAAGAGUCAAAUGACACAUCCGAUGGUUUCAGUGUUCAAAGACCUUCCGAAGUACCAUUAAUGGAAAAUUCACAAGCUGCAGUUGAGCGUCAAACUCACGAUAAUAUUGAUAACGAGAAUGAAUGGUAUCGAAUAUAUGAUUGUCCUAUCAGAUUUCAAAUGCGCAUGAUCGGUCACAACGAAGACGUUGCCGACGGUUCAGUUACUGAUGGAAUUGUAACCAAUACUGUACUAAAUCCGACAUCCACUCAUCACGAAGGAUUAUCUCAAGAGAUCCUUUUUCUGGCAGAAGCAACGGAGCGUGAAAUACAAAGAAAUGUUCCAGAAAGCGAUGGAGAUGAAACAUUGCAACCAAUCGUGAAUCCUCCAAGUGAUACCCGUCCAAAACAAUCACCUACCACAGGUUUACACGAGACACAUGCUCUAUAA